AUGGCGGCAGGACAGAAGCUGUACCCGCGGGCGACGGUCAAGAAAAUCGUCAAGGCGCACUCGAAAUGCAAUGUUAGCAAGAACGUGGAUGUCAUGAUCUUCUUGGACUAUGUUUUAUUCAUGCAGACGCUGGUCAAGGAGGCCGCGAUUGACUCGAAGCAGGCUGGCGAGCGAGGCAUCAGUGCCAAGAGCAUCCAGAAGGUUGCGCCUGAUGCCUUGAGCAAGUUCAAGGGAUGA